CAGAAUUUGGUGGGUGGGGACUGGGGACAAACAGAGGCUGCGUUUUCUAUAUUUGUGGCCAUUUCCUGCAGCUGCUUUAAACUCUCAGCUGAUCUUCAAACUGAGCAAAAGAGCAAGAACGUGCAGAGAAGUAUAGGAAAUUAAACAGUGGAAGGAAGCAGUGCACAGAAACAUAACCACAUAUGGUUUUUGGACCUUUAUGCCAGCAGUGUGCAGAUCAAGUUCCAGAGAAGCUCCUUGCAGAUAACAGUGUUUGCUUUCCCUGCGUGUGGCAUUUUAUUGCAGAAAUGAAGCAAUCUCUGUGAGAAGCGAUAAAUUUGCAGUCAGUACAUUUUGCAAAGGCCAAAGAAAAGGCAGAAGGAAAAUAUAUUCACAAGUUUCAUCUUCAAUGGAGAACAGGAAAAUAGACUCUGCAAUGAGAAGCUUGAUCUCAGAACACAGCCGAUAUGUAGAAUCAUUCAAUAUUUUCCUUAAGAAUUCCACAGAGCACCAGUGUAUGCAGCAGUUCAUUGAAACAAAGCUGCCAGAGAUUAUUGUCAGUAUAGGAGAUGAGAAGAAUACAAUUGAGGUCUUGGGAAUUGGCAGUGGAUCAGGUGAAAUUGACCUGCAAAUGUUGUCUAAAAUACGAGCAAGAUAUCCAGGAGCUGUGAUUAAUAACAAUAUCAUUGAGCCCAGUGCAGAACAAAUAUUGGGCUACAAGGAACGUGUUGCAAAGGCUCCAAAUCUCAAUGAUAUAACUUUUAGCUGGCACAAAAAAACGUCCUGUGAAUAUGAACGUGAGCUGAGUGUGAUGAAAGAGCAAAAGAAAUUUGACUUUAUACAUAUGAUUCAGAUGCUUUAUUAUGUAAAAGAUAUACCUGUCACAUUAUCGUUUGCUAGAAGCUGCCUGGCACCUAAUGGAAAACUCAUGAUUAUUCUUGUUUCUGGAAGCAGUGGUUGGUCUUAUUUGUGGAAGAAAUAUGGACAGUGCUUGCCACUUAAUGACCUCUGCUUAUACAUCACAGCUGGAGAUAUCACAGGCAUGCUGCAUUCAAUGGGAGCACAAUAUCAAACCUUUGAACUUCAAUCUGACAUGGACAUCACAGAAUGUUUUAUUGAGGGGAAUAGAAAUGGGGAGUUGCUAUUGGACUUUUUAACUGAAACCAACGACUUUAAAAACACUGCCCCAUAUGAUCUCAGACAUCAAAUAAUAAAUGAUCUGCAAACUCCUCAAUGCAGUGCGAAAAAAGAUGGAAGGGUCAUUUUUAAUAACAACCUCAGUGUUAUAGUUGUUGAGAAUGAAUAGUACGUUGUGAAGAUGGUGACUUUCAAAUAAUCAGAUAGAAACAUUCCGAAAUUAAUUUAAUGCCAUUGAACAAUAUAUAUAGAAAUAAUACGCAUGUCUAACUUGAUUACAGUAUUCAGGUUACUUUUUAGAAGAUUUUUUAUGUGAAAUGUAGUGGUUUCUGCUUACCUACUAAUAUUAUUAAUUAAAAUCACCCACGUAUUUAGUA